AUGAGGAAGAAGUCGACCAUAGCGGUGGCCACCGGUCACGCGGCACCGGCUGGCGUCGUUGUCAUAGUACAGCCCAAGCAGGAGGCCGACGCGGAGACGUCGACGGAGGAAGAUGUCGCGGCGGCCGAAGAGACCGUCGCCGCUGCCAUAGCAGACGAUUCGAGUUUACCACCCAUCCCGGAGGCCGUGCCCAUCUGCUCGCGGCUAUUUUCGCCAUCUCCGCCGCCGUCACAACAGCAGUCACUGACGUCCGCUGCCACUUCCGCGCAGAUCCCGGGACCGCCGCCUGCGAUACCCAUAAGCACAGGUAAAAAUCGUAGUGUCAAAACGAUGUGA